AUGAUUCCCGAACAUAUAAUCUAAAAACUCAAACCAAAAAAAGGCCAUUAUUCAAUCGAUGUUAAGGAAUCCUUCAUAGAUAAACAACGCCGUCUCAGUGAAAUUGAACGACAAACUGUUCUUCAAAAAAAACACAAAGAAAUGCAACUGUUUAGAUAAACAUUCUCUUCAUCCAAUUCCAAAUUGUCUAAGCCAGGCAAAAGAAUUAUGAUUAAAAUUAUGGGAUGCAGUCAAGCCAUUCCAUUAGAACUAUAUUAAUAAACUAACUCCACUCCCAUUCCUCCUACACCAUUAUCUAAUAUUGCUCGUAAACACUAUUAAUCGUUAUCAUUAUCCUAAUCCUAGCCAAAAUUGGAGUCAGAGGGGAAUUACAAUACCACUUUAAGAAAGGAACCAGAACUCCAAUUGAACACUUAAUAAGAUACACACAAUCAACUUGAAUAAUAAAAUUAAAAUAUAUAAACAGAAUAAAUCGAACCAUUAGAACAAAUACAAAUAACCCCUACUGAAGAAAAUAAUAAUGAUCACAUAUAAUGCAUGGUUGAAUAGCACUUAUCGGAUUAUUAAGCUUUUGUUAUGCAUUUGGCAGGGAAAUGUAUUUGUGUUUAAUGUCCAUGUGGAAAAUGUAAAUGCAAAUACGAGUAUUAACCAUUUAAACCUAAUAUCUCAUGGAAAUCUCAUUACAAUUAGGAGUACAAGGAAUCCCCAAUUAAGGAUUAAGAACUCAAAAUGAACUUGAAUUCUAUUGGUCGAUAUUAAACUUUAGAUUUAAAUGAAUUUAAAACAACUAUGGCAUCUGAUUAUAAAUAAUGUGAUGCCUAUCCAAAUCAUGUGAUUGAGAAACCUAAAUACUAAGCUAAUUAUGGAUCCACUCCAAUGACAUCAUAUAAUAAAUUCUAUAUGGAUUAUGGGGACUUACACCAUGAAUAAUUUAAACAAAGUCAUUAUAAGACUGUGAUUCCAGAAUUAAAGUUUAAUUCGUCAACAACGUAUGGUAGCGAAUUCAAGACACCCAAAUAAGUAGACACAACUAGUCAAAAGCCACCUAAUGGUAAGCCUUUUCCGACGAUUGACUUAUUUUUAGGAUAAUCAUAAAAUAAAACUACUUAUGAUUUAAAAGUUGUAGAAAAAUGUUUCUAAUUGAAGAACUAUUAAGAGGUAAUCAAAUCAAUGUUACAGUAGCCAAUCUAAACAAUUCCAGCUUAUUAGAAAUAAUUUGUGAGUAUGACAAAAAAGGAUUUUGUAAUAAAAGAGGUUCCAUGUAUUAGGAAUUAAUAUUCAUAGCAAUAAUAAUAUUGA